AACAGAAGAAGAAGAAGAAGAAAACGGAAGCGAAGUCCAGGAAAUAUGGAGAAUCCGGAGUUAUCUUUCACUUUGGCUUAUACCGUGUUUGCUGUUUGUCUCAUCUUUACACCGAACGAAUUCCGCGCAGCAGGUUUAACCAUCCAAAAUGCGUUUUCGAACUGGCUGGGCAGUGAGGAUAUUGACUUCAUCGGGCAUCAUUUGAGGAGGACCAGCCUCACUGUAUUGAUCCACAGUUCUCUUCCUCUAGGUUACUUCAUGGGAAUGUGUGUUGCUGCCCCAGAAAAGAACCUGAUAUAUGUUCACCAGAUUAGUGCCAGCUGGAGAGUUUUUCUCUUUCUCUCUGUGAGCCUUCAAUUGACCAGCUGGCUGCUUGUCAUUUACUGGUACUGCUGUCAUUGGCACAACCAUCCCAUCAGCAGGACACUUAAAGCUCAUGCACAGCUUCCUUAUUCCACCUCUGGCCAUGUGGCAGCCAGCAUCAACAGAGAGUUCAGACGAAUAGACAAAGUUGUGACAGGAGUGCCUGGAGCCCGAGUUAUUGUUACAGAUAGCUGGAUACUGAAGGUGACCACAUAUCACAUUGACAUGGCCUUACAAAGUGAUUGUCAUGUGACCGUGACAGAUUCCAGGCAGCAUCAGCUGAGCCCAGAUUCACCUUCCCCCAUAGAGAUCCUGAGCUUGAGGGUGGAGAGCAUUAACCCUACAGUCAGACCAUUCAAUAUUAGUCUUAACUCAACAGAUUAUACUGAUUUGAGGGUAAAGCUCCGAGCUCCCAUCAGAACUUCUCCCAAUGUUGUGAUCCACCAAACAAUGAGUGAACUCUUUCUGGAAACCUUCAGAGCUCAGGUGGAGCUCAAUCAACGAUACACACUCCCCAGUGGGCAGGAAGUGGAACCCUGUAUCGGCUGCAUGCAAGUUCCAGCAAGUACCAAGUUGGUUAGACUCUGCCAAACAGCAGGAAUAGACAAUGAAUCAGAGUGCCAGCAGUGUUUCUGCAGACCCAUGUGGUGCCUCUUUUGUUUGGGUCGAUGGUUUGCCAGUCGCCAGGACCAACAAAGACCUCAGACUUGGUUAUCCAGCAAGGUUCCCUGCCCUACAUGCAGAGCCAAAUUCUGCAUACUAGAUGUUUGUAUGGUCCACUGACCCACAAUAUUAAAAUGACAUAUUCUCAGAUAAACCCACAUCUGUGUCAAGCAAAGAAGCCACAUAGCAGCACCGAACGGGACACUGCCUUCAUUAUGUGGCCUUACUCAUGAAUUACAAAUGUAUUCUACCGUCUCAAAUGAUCUACAACAUUCAGAUCACAUACCCUACAAAAUAAGAACCUUCAUAUCAUAUUUUUCACAUCAGGUAAUUGCUGUUUUGGGCUUUAUAUGACUGGUUUAUAACCUGUCAUAUAAACAGUCAUAUAUAUAUAUAUAUAUAUAUAUAUAUGUACACACACACACACACAGUUGGGUUCAAAAUAAUAGCAGUCCCACAUUACUAGCAAGAUAAAUCACUGUUUUUGUUUAAAUUACAACUUCUACACCUCAAGUAAUUCUCUAGGAGGUUUAGUAAUGGUAUAGAAAACCAACAGGCAUGAUAUGCAAGCUGCUGAUUCUAUGAAACUGAAUCAUUUACUGAAAGGGAUGUGUUCAAAAAAUAGCAGUGCUGAGUCCAAUUAGUGAGGUCAUUGAUUAUGUGGAACCCUAAAUAUUAGUUUAUGAUUCUUAGGAAAGAUGAAUCUUCCAGCAUUUCUUAGUUUAUAAAGUUUAUUUUUGAGUUCGUACAGGAUGUCAACACUAUUUUUUCCAACAUUGUAUUUCUUGACUUUCUGUAAAAUAUUGUGAUAUUUAAUUACUUUUUCCUCUUUUUUUGCUUUGAAAUAGAAUGGGCGGUGUCCCCAAAGCAUUUGUGUUCAUUAAAAUACAAUUUAUUUGAAGAAUUUUGAGGUUUAGUGACCUUUUUAAAAACACUGCUAUUAUUAUGAACAUAAUUGUAUAUAUACAGUAGCUCUGAUAAGAAUUAAGUGACCAUUGCAUAGUAGUUCUAUUCUAUGAACUACUGAUGAAAUUCCAAGCAAAAAUGAAGUAUUUAUUUGCAGAAAAUGAGAAAUAGUCAAAAUCACAAAAAAUAUGCAGUGCUGUCAGACCUCAAAUAAUCCAAAGAAAACAAGUUCAUAUCCAUUUAGAAACAACAACCAUCAGGUUUUCAAAGGAGUUCAGUGCACUCGUCUUUUUCCAGAGCUGUAUAUAAAUACUUAUUGUUAAAUUAAUAUUUUGAUACCUUGGAUGGAGUAACUUGUCAACAAAUAAGCAAUUUCCACUUAUGGAUCAAUAAGGUAUAUUCUACCUGUCUAUCUAUUACAAAUUUAUUGUCACUGUAUACAUGUAAAAUGAGAUUAAAGUUUGCAAACAGAACCUAAUACUAUUUAACAGUUCAUUGCUUUGGUGGAAAUCCCAAGCUUUAAAAUCUGAUUGCCCAAGGAGAAAAUUGUAACUGCAGUUCACAAAAUAAAGAAAAGACAUGGUUUUUAAAAAAAAAUCUAUAUAAUUUAUGCUAAAUCUCAAGAAUAUGGAGUGUUUAAAAACUGCUAAAUGAAGUAGCUGUUGGUACUAAACAUUUGCAACUAUUUUAA